AUGUCCCUGGCUCACCUCGCCUGGGGCGACGCCUCCGCCCCCUUCGUUUUUCUCGUGGCGCUCACGGUCGCGGCUCUCAAGGUCUCCAUCUGCAUCGCCUUCCUCUUCCUCGUACCAGCCGUUCUGCUGUGCGGCAUCGGCCUCGCCUACGUGAUUGCGGUUGAAUCUCGAUCUGGUUCUCAGCCCAGGAAGCGCGCCUUUGGACCAAUCACGCGGGAGUCGAUUCGGGAGUUCAUUAAGUUUGUGUUUCCCCAUGCCGUGGUCCUUGGAUUGGUCGCAGAUUUGGCCUUCACCCUGCUAAGUGUUGCUGGCGCUCUGGUAAUGUGUAUGUCGCCGUCUGUGGAGGGAUCGACAUCUCAGGGAGAAAUGAUUGGUUCUGUGAUCAUGGAUGUGGGGAUGCUUGGCUUCCAUGCGAUAUCUUGCUUUGUUAUCAUUCCAGCUUUCGCACUGCAUAUCUUGAGGAAGGACCAGGCGGACAGGAAAGCAGGACUCAGCGUGGCAGUUUGUUGA